UUUAUGAUCAUUCCUCCCAAUAUUUUGCAUGGCUUCCAAGCGAAAGUUCGGUCACAGCACCAUUGCUUGUUGCUCUGAAACACGUUUCACUCGCUGAACCGGUGUCCAUUAAAUAAGGCUGCUGCUCCUUCAAACUAGAGAACCCAGAAGAAGAAAAGUUGCGUGUGGGAGAGACAGAUAGAGAGAGAGAGAGAGAGAGAGAGAGAGAGAGAGAGAGAGAGGAGAUGGAGUGGAGGAAGAGCUAUAUUGAUCUCAUAUUGGUGCCCUUGAGCCUCCUCUCCGUCAUCUUAUACCAUAUCUGGUUGUGGCGGAGAAUUAGGUCGCAGCCACAACGGACCAUCAUUGGCAUCAAUUCGGCCAGCAGGCGACUCUGGGUCUUUGCCAUGAUGAAGGAUAACGAUAAGAAAAAUAUCCUCGCGGUGCAGACAAUACGUAACGCAAUAAUGGGUUCGACCUUGAUGGCCACCACCUCCAUCCUCCUCUGCUCCGGCCUCGCAGCCAUGAUCAGCAGCACGUACAGCAUCAAGAAGCCUCUGAACGACUCGGUCUACGGCGCUCAUGGGGAGUUUGUUGUGGCUUUGAAGUAUGUCACGCUUCUCUUGAUCUUCCUCUUUGCCUUCCUCUUCUACUCCCUCUCCAUCAGGUUCAUAGGCCAGGUGAACUUUCUCAUCAACGUUCCACAAGAGGAUGACAACUCCCUGGUGACGCCGGAGUACGUUGCCCAUCUCUUGGAGAAGGGUUUUGCCCUCAACAUAGUGGGCAACAGAAUCUUUUAUGCAGGCCUCCCCAUAGUACUGUGGAUAUUUGGGCCAGUUUUGGUUCUCAUAUGCUCUGUCUCCAUAGUCCCAAUACUAUACAAUAUGGACAUUGCCGAUGGGCAAGGAAAGGCUGAUAUCAGGAAAGAAGAAAAGGUUGACAGAAAAAUUUCUAUGGGAGCAUAGGAGACAAGUAUAAAGGUGAUAUGUGGCUGUGAGGGGCAGGGUUAUCAGUGUAUUGUCUUUACCUUCUUAAUUUGUUUUCCUUGGAUUUUUUCUUCUUUAAGAUUCUACCUUAUGAUAUGCUGCAUGCAUCAAAGCUUAGCAAUAGUGUAAGACCAGCGCCAUCCAUUUUAUGAAUAUGAAUUGCUAUUCGUUAUACAUA